AUGCCCUCGCCACUCCACCUGUUCCCCAUCUUCCUCCUCGCAUCCCUCACAACCGCCCUCCUCCCCAUCCUUGACACUCCCGACCCCCUCAUCAAACACAUCGCCAACACAAACCCACCCGCCUGGCUCAGCCCGCAAGCCUGCCAUCCCCGCUCCAACUUCCCCUCCGCCGCCCCCGUCAACGCGACCGACCUCCGCGAGGACGCAAAGCGCUUCUGCGCCCGCGCAGCCGAGCUCGCGCCCGUAAUGCGUCCCCAACAGGUGCUGCGCGGGAACGGCCUCGGGGCUUACAGCGAGCAGCAUUUCCAGCUGCAGUUCCUGCAUCCGUGCCCCCACCGCAAUAUAAAGGCGCAAGACCCGGAAGACCCGGUAGGCGGUGGGACACUGGUCAAGGGGGAGAGCUGGUGCGUGGAGUUGCUGGCUGAGAAUUGGAACCAGUGCAAAGACCAGAAGUAUGCGGGUGUCGGUGGGAUGAGGGUUGCUGGGUGCGUGCUGUACACGACGGGACCGGGGCACUUGGCCCAGUAA